AUGUCGGCCAUCUUGUCAGCCGAUGACCUCAAUGACUUCAUUUCCCCUGGAGUAGCCUGUAUCAAGCCCGUCGAGACGCUACCUAAACAACAAGCGCAAGAGAAUGCCUACGAAGUCACAACAGAAGACAAGGUCGCUGCCGCCGAAGCACCACCAGCCAGUAUUUCCUUGACCGAUUGUCUCGCUUGUAGUGGUUGUGUCACAUCCGCCGAGGCUGUCCUCGUCAGUCUGCAAUCACAUCAAGAAGUUCUCAACACCCUCGACGCAUAUCCCGAACUACGCUUGCCUUGGACCGCUCAAGGCGAGUCUCUGCCUGGUCCGUCGGACGGCAAGGUCUUUGUCGCAAGUGUGUCACCUCAGACUCGCGCCAGUAUCGCCGCAACAUAUCGAGUCUCCGAGACUGCCGCUACAAAUAUGAUUCAGCAACUCCUCUCUGGUCCAGCUGGUCUGCGAUCGGGCGGCGCAAACAACAGUGGCUUCGCUUGGAUCAUUGACACGAAUGCUAUGCGCCAGGCUGCUUUGGUCGCUGCAGCUGACGAAGUCAUGGAAUCUCAGCACACAUCCGACUCCAGUGCAUCACGAGCCGAGAAGCCAAAAAAGCCCAUCCUGACAUCUGCAUGCCCUGGCUGGAUCUGCUACGCCGAAAAGACACACCCUCACGCACUCCCACACAUGUCACGACUGAAGUCGCCACAAGCCUUGACCGGCACCUUGGUCAAGAGUGUACUGGCAAGGACAUAUGGAAUCAACCCGGAGAAUGUAUGGCACAUGGCUAUCAUGCCAUGUUUCGACAAGAAGCUGGAAGCAUCAAGAGAAGAGUUGACGGAUAUACACUGGUCUCCAGAUGGCGUUGAUACCGAACGUAAGGGUAUCCGCGAUGUCGAUUGUGUAAUCACGGCUCGCGAGCUACUCAUGCUUGCCGAAAGUCGCGACAUCUCCUUCCCUCAACUAUCACAAAAGCCGCUAUCAAGUCAGCAACGUACACCAUUUCCCGACCCGAAACUCGACCGCUUCCUCUUCCCUUCUAGGUCCACUGCAAAUGGCUCAAGAGAAGCUGGUACCAGUGGUGGAUACCUCUGGCAUGUGUUGGAGACAUACCGCGCACAGCACCCAGGCAGCCAGAUCACCAUCCAACGAGGUCGCAACGCUGAUGUUGUCGAGUACACAUUGGUAGACUCGGAGGAUGCAGCCAUUCUGAGGACUGCUCGCUACUACGGCUUCCGCAAUAUCCAGAACUUGGUCCGAAGACUGAAACCUGCACGAGCAUCGCGAAUGCCCGGAGCAGCGAGUAGACUUGCCGGUGCACGUAAGCCCGGUGCUGCAGCGGGGUCAGCAGGUGGUCAGAACAUGAGUGACUAUGCCUACGUAGAAGUUAUGGCAUGUCCUGGUGGCUGCACGAAUGGCGGUGGUCAAAUCAAGGUCGGUGAUGUCGGAGCACUACGAGGUAGUGGCAUAGAGAAUGGCGGCGAUCAACAAGUUGCACCUCAACAGAAGGAGUGGUUACAAAAAGUUGACGAAGCAUACUUCUCAUCCUCGGACUCUGGGUCGCCGAGUGCUUCAGACACAGAAGAUGAAGGCGUUGAAGAUGUAGAAGCUUCAUCUAUAAACACAACGGCCAAGUCUUCUGCUAAUGGCGAUGUCGAAAUGGAAGAUGCGGAGGAUGGUUCGGUGGUCGGUGGCAUUUCACAUUCCAAGAUCAAGGAUAUAUUCUCACAUUGGUCUGAGCUUACAGGCGUGUCGACGGAUAAGUUGGUGUAUACAUCUUACCGCAAGGUCGAGAGUGAUGUCGGCAAGACGACUACUGAUGUGGAAAGAGUGGCUGGACUUGCUAGUACUAUUGGUGGUGGAUGGUAA